UUGUUUUUGAGCAAUGCCUCCUCAGUCUGUUCGAGACCUGCCCUGUGUGCACAAGGCACUGUAAAGUCAAGCCACGCAGUAGCUGUUGACCAACUAUGCCCUCACUGCCAGUUCUUCAGACAGUGGAAGAGUCAGCCAGUUAUUGGGAGCACCCCUGUGGGCAACCUUUAGCUGUCUGCUGCCAUCUACUUUUGUGGAGCUUCAUUUGCGAAGAUGAGAAAGGUACUGUGAUCAUUGUAUUCAUCAUUUAUCAAAUGAUUUUUUAGGUGUUUGGGGCAAUGCAGCUGAGAACACAUAGUUAUGCUGCCUUCAGAAAACAUGCUAAGGCAUACCUGGAACCAGCUAUAAUCCACAGCUGGACUGAAUGGCAAACACCUACGCUUCAAACGCUCAGUAAGGCAACCACUGUCAUUCUCAGAGGCGAUAUGCGAGCAGACUCACCAGGACAUUCUGCAAAGUAUGGGAUCUACUCAAUGAUGAAUAUACAGACCAACCAAAUCGUAGACAUACAGCUGGUGCAGAGCAACGAGGUGGGGGGAAGCUCAAACAUGGAGAAGGAGGGUCUCAUAAGAGCUUUGGACCUCCUACAUGGUAGUGGUGUGAAGUUGGACUGCAUCAUCACCGAUCGUCACCCUCAGAUCCAAAAGUUCCCGAGGGACCGUAAAAUCACCCAUUACUAUGACGUAUGGCAUGUAGCAAAAGGCAUGUCAAAGAAGCUGGAACUACUUGCAAAAGACAAGGACUGUGCUUUGGUGAAAAAGUGGCAUAGGAGCAUAGUCAACCACCUGUACUGGUGUGCCACAAGCUCCCUCUCCGGAACAGAGAAGGUAGCAAAAUGGAAGUCUGUGUUGAACCACAUUCAAGAUGUCCACAGUCAUUCUGACCCAGCUUUCCCCAAGUGUGAACAUCAAUCCAAUGCCUCAAAGGACCCUAGCAAGUGGUUUCGACCAGGUUCAACAGCUCUGAACAGGAUUGAAAUGGUGCUAACAAACAAGAGGUGCCUUACUGAUGUUGAAAAGCUAAGCCAUCAUUUCCAGACAUCAACUGUGGAGUCAUUCCACAGUGUCAUCCAGUGUUUUGCUCCCAAAAACGUUGUUUUCCCCUUCAUUGGAAUGCUAUGCAGGUUGUACCUUGCUGCCAUGCACUUCAAUGAGAAUGCCGAGCGCCCACAACGGAAGACAGCCAAGGGGAAACUAAUGUAUCGACUUGUGUUCCCAAAGGCCAAAAGGGGAGGUUACACGGUCAAACAAAUGAAGACAGAGCCAACAAUGUGCUAUGUCUUCGACAUGAUGCAACUGGUGUUGGAAGAGAUCAUCCAUGACCCCCUUCCUUAUGUGGCUGCCGUCCAGCGUAUUCCUGUGCCCCAGCCCCUGUGUGGUCAGCUCGACAGGCCUUCCAUGAAGGAUGCUGUUGCUCAACAUUUGUCACGGUUCAGUCAAGGGGGGUUCUGA